UUUGAAAUUGGUGCGACCUUUUUUUUUGCUCGGCAAGUUAGUUAAGCGUAUCAUACUUGCCAUACUUGCUAACUGCAGACUUUUUUUUCGGAUAUACAGACUUUUGCAACCCUGUCUGAAGAUAUUUGAAAUUUUUACCUGGCAUCUCUGUCUCGAAGAAGCGAGAAGAAACAAAACAAGAAUAAAAGUAAGCUGGAAGCUGGAACUUCACUUCAGUUUCAAACGUAAAACGUAUAAGUUGUACUUAGUGUUUGCUCCAAAAUUCUGCUUCACUGGUGUUUCCAGCUUGGGGAUCUGCCUUGGCAUCGUUCCUUUUUUGCUGCUUGAAGUUCCUCCUGGUUUUCUGCAGGUUCCGACGGUGAGUCUGAAAAGAUAAAAAAAAGGAUUAUAAAGAUAUAAAGCUUGAAAGUGCUUCUUCAAAACUCCCCGAAAAAAUCCUUUUGUGCACUGUAUAGUGGAUACUAAAUGAGAUAUUAGUCUGAGGUGAAAUUAUCUAGUCGGCGUCUUCCCUUUUCGGAUUUGGUUCCGUUCUAUGGAUUAUCUCCCGAUUUGCAAAGAUUUGACAUAAAUGAAUAUGUAUUGAUGGCAAUUCUUCUAAAGGAUUACAAGCAUUACAAGAAAACGAAGAAAACAUAAACAAUCACUCUGAAGAACUCGACAUUAGAGAGCGGAAAGCUUUGAUAAAUUUUAUGAAAUUAUACGAAGUUCAUGAAUAUUUGCUUCUAGGAAACUGGAAUCUUGUCAUGCAAAGCAAAGCCUUGGUAUUACAUUCCUGUAGUGGAAUUUGACCUUCUGUUUCAACAGACUUCGCAGCCGAUUCAGUGUGUACAGAACCAUUACCUGGCUGCUGCUACGAUUCUACUGACACUACGAAACCUUCCAGAUCGGGGCUCGAACAUACGAAUUGAAGCAUUGAACCGCCAACCCGGGACAAUAUUGUAUCUUGUCAUGCACGAGAUGUGAUAUUUCCUCUCCAAAAAUCGAUGUCUGUCGAUGAAACUGAUGUUUAAAAGGUCGUCUUAGUACAUGAAAGCAAGAUGCCUUAUAAUUGCGACAUUUGUGGGGAAAAGUUUCCACUGAAAACCGCCCUGACCAAGCAUAUGAUUGCACACACUGGUAGCAACCUAUACAAUUGUGAUGUGUGCGGCAAAGAACUAUCAUCUAAACAACGAUUGAAUGAGCACAGAACGAUUCACACCGGUGAGCGUCCGUACAAGUGCACUGUAUGCGAAAAAGAUUUUGCCCUUAAAGUAUAUCUAUCCAGACAUAUGACUAUUCACGAAAAAGAUUACAAGUACAGGUGCAAAGUGUGUGACAAAGGCUUUAAUCAUAGUUCAAACCUCACGACACACAGACAACAAUGUGCAGGCCUUUCGAAAGAUAUUCGUCUUCAUUCGGUUCAGAAGUAUGUAUGCGCUAUAUGUGGAACAGAGUUUCCCACCAAGUAUUUCCUAGAUAAGCAUGAGUAUGUUCACACGGGCUAUUACGAACAUACUUGUGAUGUGUGUGGCAAAGGUUUCACAACCAGAACGUUUUUGAAGAACCACGUAUACAGCCAUAAAGCUGAACGGGCUUAUAAAUGCACUGUAUGUGGAAAAGAUUUCCCCAUUAGGUCUGAUUUAGACAGACACAUGUAUAUUCACACGGGUGAUCAUAUGUAUGAGUGUAAUGUGUGUGGCAAAGGAUUCGUAUCCAGGAUACUCUUGAACGAGCACGAACACAGUCAUACAGGCAAGCAACUAAUCAAUUGUGAUGUAUGCGGUAAAGAAGUAUCUAAGCGUCGAAUGAAGGCUCAUAAAACAAUUCACAAUGCUGAGCGACCGUACAAGUGCACUGUAUGCGAGAAAGAUUUUGUCCUUAGAGAGUAUCUAUUAAAACAUAUGACUGCUCACAAGCAAGAAUACAAUUAUAAGUGCGAAGUAUGCGACAAAAGUUUUAAGCAUAGUACUACCCUCGGGAGACAUAAACGUAUUCAUACCGGCGAGAAGUAUGAAUGCGUCAUAUGUGUGAAAGAUUUUACCACUAAGGAAUACCUAGCUGUCCAUAUGCGUAUUCACACGGAUGAUUACAAACACUAGUGUAAAGUUUUCGGUAAAGGAUUCAGGAACAAAUCAAUCUGAAAUCUGAAACUUUUCAAUUGCAUCGUUAAAAGAAAAGAGUGACUUGAAAUAAUAUUGACAAUGGAUAUCAUUCAACCUCAGAAUGAACAUCUUAGUCAUCAUGGAUAAGGAGAGAAAAUGUUGCCGCUUUACGGACUUUCCGGAAGAGCGACGACUCAUCAUUCGGUUUAUUGAUUUGUUUUGAACUUUUAAAUGCAGCAUAGGUUUCGUAACUCGAAUCACACGUAAAAUUAUUCAAAAGUUACUUUUAGCUAGCAUAAAAAUUUUCUAAAUUAUUAUAGUUUCUAGAAAAAUAAACAAUAGUCAAAAUUUCCCUGCGAUUGUAUUUC